CGCCAGGUUCCAUUGAGCAUGCAUGGCCGCGCUACUGGAGCGCAUUCGGGUCCAAAAAGCGGAAAAGGUUAUGGCGUUGCUGCAAGAUGCCAUUCGAUCGCAGAUUCGCAUGGACGGAGAGCACAAGCAGCGCAAGUCACCACACUCGUCCCCCAAACGAUCGCAUGAGCAGGCUGUCGACGGCGUUGACGACUGGAUACGACGAGCACCUCCGACGUACAACGGUCAAGCCAUCUCGUCGUAUCCAAAGACACGUGAGUUUUGGUCAUCAGCUGACUUCACCAAGAUGUCCACACGGCAAUUGCAAGCAGUGGCCGACUUGUUGGGCGUCGACCUCGAUGGCAAAAAGGUAGCGCUGAUGGCCAGAUUGCAGGACUGGGUUAAUGAACCUGCGAUUCUGGCCCAUCGUCGGCGCAUUGAAAAGGAGAAUCGAACGCGUGAAAAGGUGGAAGCGUCCGGGGGGGUGUUUGGCUUUGGCAACAACUUUUCAGGGCAAUUGGGCCUCGGCCAUCGCGACGCUUGCGCCGUGCCCACGGAGAUCAUGGGGUUGAAAGGGCGAAAGGUCACUCGAGUGUUUACGGGUUUUGAUGCAGACUAUGCUUUUGCCCUGGCAUCGACGGGCGAGGUGUAUUCCUGGGGCGGAAACGGCGUCGGUCCCACCGCGUUUACACCGAAACAAGCCAAACCCGACGUGAAUGUCAUCCCCCUUCAGCACCCCCCACCUCCCCCUCUGCCUUCCCACCGCGACACGACCUUUCUCUAUCCGUCUGUGGUGCGCCACUUGCGCGUGGAAGGUGUCGAAAUGUUCGCAUGCGCUCGGGUCCAAGGCCACGUGGCGGCUAUCACCACCACCGGUCGGUGCUACACGUGGGGGAAAAACGACUACGGCGAGCUGGGCGCGGGGCACGCCACAAAUACCAAUGAGAACCCCCAGCCUCGACCGGUGGAAGCGCUAGCCCAAGCCAUGGUCGUGGCCGUAGGAGUAGGCAACUCCCACACGGUUGCCGUCACCAACGCGGGAAAAGUGUACUCGUGGGGGGCUGCUUGGGGGGGCCAAUUGGGGCUAGGGGUCACCAAGCGAGAGGGGGUGUUUGCCGAACGCAAGCUUCAAAUGUGCUUUCCGUCCCCGACAUUGCUCGAGAUCCCAGUGCGAGUGGCCCACGUGUCGUGCGGAGCGGCACACUCGGGGCUCAUCGCGGCCACGGGCCAGCUGUUCAUGUUUGGCUGCGGCGACGGCGGACGACUCGGCAUGGGAUCGAACGCCGACAUGCUCAGUCCAACGCUGGUGCGGGCGCUCGACAACGAGCGUGUGCUGCAAGUGUGCUGCAGCAACUGGCACACGCUGUGCAUUGCAGCGCCUCGACAAGUCGCGAGCCAUGGUGCCGGCAAUGCUACCUCCGCUUCUGGGUGGGCUUAUGCAUUUGGCAGUGGUCUCAAUGGUCAGCUGGGCUUGGGCAAGCAAAAGCAAGCCCUGCUGCCAACUAAGAUCCCCGAGCUGAUAAAACGCAAGAUGAAGUGCAUUGACGUGAAAGCGUCGUCAUAUCAUUCUUGCGCGCUGGCCGAAGACGGAUCGGUGUUCACAUGGGGCAGGAACUCGUCGGGGUGUCUCGGGCGGUUCACGUCAGAAACCGAUUCGUAUGAGCCUGAUGUCGUGGCCAAAGUCAAAGCAUGGGGCUAUGGCCCCGUCACGUCAGGUACACAUAUCGAUGUCGUACAUGAUGAGAUUGAUCGUGGUGUAGUGGCCUGCGGAUGUCGGUUCACACUUCUCGUCGCAGCUCCGUGGAAGGGCAUCUCCAAGCCGGCAUUCACACACAUGACGGAUCUCAACAGUCGACAAAAGCUGGCGGAAGGUGCCCCGACCGAAUACGUCAUCGACGCAUGACACAUUGAAUACAUGUUCUUGGCGUUUACA